CAUAACUCAUAAUCACAAGUUGCAAUACAAUACAAAACAAACCAAACAUUCAUACUAUUACAAAGCAUAACUCAUAAUCUGAGUCACAAGACUAUGAAGUCCUUUUUCAUCAUCGGGAGCAUUUUGCUUCUCAUUCUGCAUGCACCCACGACAAAAGCUCAAGCAGCCGAAGAAGCAGAUUCGCCGUUAUGCAAUGAAGGUACGAUGCAAUCUCCUGUCGAUUUGACGAACGUGACGGUGGAAACUGUACCGGACUCCGAGCAAGUGUUCACGUUUUACCAGCCUUCCAACACAACUCUGCUAAACAGAGGGCACGACAUAGCCGUUGAAUGGACGGGUGAUGCGGGAUCAAUCGAGAUCAACGGUAUCAACUACCGACUCCAACAACUUCACUGGCAUGUACCUUCCGAGCACACCAUCGAUGGCAAGAGAUACGAUUUGGAACGCCAUGCAGUUCAUGUAAAUUUGGACACCAACGAGACAGCUGUAAUCGGCGCACUCUACCAAAUAGGCGAACAAGAUCCAUUUUUGUCCCAGCUCAUGACAAACUUGACCUAUAUGGUAGAAACAAGCACAAACGAAACAGACCCCGGCGUAAUCGAUCCCAGUGAUAUUACAAGCACUGAUGGUUUUUAUAGAUACAUUGGCUCCCUCACCACUCCCCCUUGUACCGAAGACAUCGUUUGGACCGUCCAGAGCAAAAUAAGGAGUGUUUCACAGCAACAAGUUGACCUGCUUCUAGAGGCUGUUCAUGGGAAUGAAAAUGCCAGGCCAUUGCAACCAAUAAAUGGACGUGACAUCUACCUCUAUGUUCCUUCCAAAGACACGGCCUGGAGUAUUAUUUUCUCUCCCAAAAGGAUCGACUGGAACAUCAUUUUCUCUCCCCUGCAGUAUCUACAACAGAAAUUCUUUUCUGAAUAAAGUUCAGCAGACUUUCCCACGCUACCUGCUCAUGUAAUGUUAGUUUGAAUAAGCAAAAUUAAUUGGGUAUGUUAGUCUUUUAAAUGUGUAAUUUCCUAGUAGUAUAUUGAGAUUUUAGUGUGACGGCAAUAAGAUUUAUUUUCUUUUUGUUGAUCUUAA